UUUCCAUCGAUGUAAAAUUUCAGUUUGCACCCGACAAAAUACCUGCAAUCACAUUGUUAGAGUAAGACGAUAGUGGAACUUUUCAGCAAUGUAAAACAUAGACCUUGAAUUGAAAGACAUGGACACAUAAAAACCCAAGACAAAGUUUAGAUAGCCAUUGGAAGUUAUUUGAAUGUGAUCUGAUCAAGAACACACUAAUAUGGAUCAAGCCACUGCUAAGAAUCAGGAGGACAUUAAAAAGCUUCGAAGAGAUGUAAAAUCUUUACAUCAGUCUGUGGAUAUGGCUAGACAAAAUAUUGAUGCUGUUCAUCAAACAUUAACGAGUGGGAUCCAGAAAGUUUUGUCGGAAAUUGAAAGAUUGAAAAUAGAAAAUGUGAAAAUUAAAUCAAACUUGAAGUAUUUGAUGAACUCCAAGACUAAUCCUUCAGGAGAUUCUAAUAUAUUCUCUGAGCCUGAAACUCGGACAACUAGCUGGGUCAAAAGUAUGAGAAGUGCUCCUGGAAACCAAUUCAACUUACCAAGUUAUAGAAAGAGAUCACAGUCUGAUUUGAGCUCAGAUGACACAGACGUUGAUAGAGCAACACUUAUUACAGACCAUUCUUUAGAGGAAGACACAAGUCCAAGGCUAAAAAAGGACAGAAGAAAACAGCAUCAUAACGCAUUACCUCCAAAAACAGAAACAGCAAAUUUGACUUCUGAAAUCAGUUCCUCUGAGUCAGAAAUUCGAAAAGCAAAAACUCUACCAAACCAUAUGUCAGCAACAGAGCCUAAACAAAAUAACAUCCCAGGAAGUGGCGGGAAUGGCAGGACAUCACCUGUCCCCAAUGUGCAAAGGCAAAACAGUAUAGAAACAGAUCAGCAUAGAGUACCAGUCCAAGAAUCAUUAUUUAAUGCUAAUUUAUCACAGAAAAAUGGGGCAACAGGAACCAGUAGAGAUGAAAGGUUGAAUGGCGCCUCGAGUAGCUAUGUUUUACAAAAUAAUGAUACAGUAGAUCUCGGUGAGGAAUCUGAGGAGGACACUGAUAUUACUAUGACAGUAGAAAGUAAACUUUCAGUGACAUACCCUCACACUGUACCUGACUAUAAACCAGUAAUGGUACCUUAUAACCAGAUUAAAUUCAAUGAUGGCAAAGAUUAUCUGAAAUCACUAGGAUUUAUAAUCACCGACCCUAAUGUUAAAGAAUUUAUAUACAAGGUAGCAGCAUUGGACAGUAAAAAGAAUGAUCAGUUACCCAAAGGAUUAUAUACAUUAUUGCUGUUAGAUACAUCUUAUAGUACUGGACCUGGUGGUUUGUUAGAAACGAGAAAAUUUGUUAAUGAAUUCUUAGAUGAAAUAGAAACGGCAACUGAGUAUAACUUAGAAGAGAUGGUUGGUGUUUUUGAGUUUGGAUCACACGCUGGUAUAUUACAUGAGUUUACAAAUGAUUACUCACUCAUAAGAGAAUGUUUAGAUAAUAUAGAUGUAUGUGCUGGUAGAACAAAUCUAUGGAGUGCCUUGCUGGGUGUACUUUGUUAUUGCCAUAAGAAAGCAAAGAAGUGCACAAUUAAUGGGAGAACUCAUGGUGUAAGAGUAGUCAUGGUGUCUGAUGGCAAUGUGACAGAUGAAAUUAACUUUCUUAGUAAUUGUGAAAAUGAGGCAGAUUUGGAAAGGAUUGAGGAUAGAAUCAUGAAAUUUAUGCCAUAUCUAUUAAGAGAAAAAUUUAUCUUAACAGCUGUAGAAAUAGGAAUGGACUCAGAGGAGAGAUUCCUCAGAAAGUUUGCCAAGAAAGGAAAAGGACAGUAUGGUCAGGCAUUGUGGUCAAAAUAUGUUGGUCGAUAUUAUUUAUACCAGACAAUCAUUGGGAAGAUGCUACCAGAAUUAAGAGAUCAGAAAAACAGAGGCAAUAUAAAGGAACUGUUAGACAAGCACACGACGGAGUAUGACUACUUCAACAAAACUGAUGUGGCAGAGAUAAGUAUACUAUUACGUGACAGAUAUAAGUUUGAGGUACCGGAGGAAUUGUUUGAACGAGAACCACUACCUGAGUAUGAUGAUGACUACAGAGUUACCCUUUAUACAACUGAGUUCUUCUCACGUCUUCCACCUAUUGGAACAAGAGUUAAACCAGGAUCCAAAUUUAAAGACACACACAAAGAGCCUUAUAAAAAUGGAACAGUGGUUGCUCACUGCAAGAGAAAUACCAUGGUUGUGAAAUGGGAUGAAAAACCAACCAAGAUUCAUUUCUACAAGUAUGAAACAGAAAACCAUGAGGUAGACAAAAUGUAUAUGUACAGAAAGAUAGACAUGACCAUACCUGGUUAUAUUGAUACAGGAUGUCGAGUUAUCAGAGGUGUUCAUUGGAACAAAGGUGAUGAAGAUGGAGGUAGAAGAUCAAUAGGCACUGUUGUAAGGAAACAUGCCAAACAAUGGGUUACAGUGAAAUGGCCAAAUGGUACAAGAGAAAGAUACAGAUUUGGUGCUGAUGACUGCUUUGACUUAGAAAUAAUUGAUGAAGAAGAAAGAAUAAAUAGGGGUUUAAAAGAAUUAGUGAUACAGUAUCAAUUUAAAGAUGAUAGUCCUACAGAAUGGAGAACACUUGAUGAAGAGGCAAAUAAUACAGUACUCAACCAUAUAGAUACACAGAGAGGUCGCAGAGGCAUAGUCAUGACCUUGCACCAUGGAAUAGGUUAUAAUUUUGACCUUGACAAAAUGGAGUAUGUAAAUGUUAAUGAUUCAUCUAUAAAAGGAGAAAUAAAGCUUUUACGUAUGUCUGUACCUGAACAAGACGAUCUUAGAAAAAAAGAGUGGGAAUUGUAUAAAGAAAAAAAGAUGAGAGCUCAACAGGCACAGGCAGGCGGUGCAGGUGGAAUGGAUUUCUUAGCUCAACUUCAACAGGGUGGAGGAAGAGGUGGAAUGAAUUUACUGAAUCAGAUGGCACAAGGAGGAGGUGGAGGGCUAGCAGGACUCAUGGGUCAGGGAGGAAUGGGUGGACAAGGCCUGGCAGGAAUGAUGGGCCAAGCUGGAAUGGGAGGACAAGGCUUAGCAGGAUUAAUGGGUCAAGGUGGAUUGGGAGGUGGACAAGGAGGUCAAGGACUAGCAGGAAUGAUGGGUCAAGGAGGUCAAGGUCUGGCAGGAAUGAUGGGACAAGGAGGUCAAGGUCUAGGAGGAAUGAUGGGGCAAGGUCAAGGACUUGGAGGAAUGAUGGGUCAAGGUGGUCAAGGACUUGGAGGAAUGAUGGGACAAGGAGGUCAAGGAUUUGGAGGAAUUUCAGGGCAGGGAGGUCAAGGGUUUGGAGGAAUGGGAGGAGGUGGUGGACCAAAAUGGAACUGUGCACAAUGUACUUAUGAAAAUGGACCAAAUUCAUUACAAUGUGAAAUGUGUCAGGCAGCUAAAGCAUAGAAAUGAAUAAUGUCUCUUGACUAAAUUAACUUGUUAUGGUUGAAGUUUGUGAACAGUCUUAUAUAUAGAGAAUAUCAUAUGGCUUUUUCAAUAUCACACCUGUAUCAACCUGAGACACCAAUAUAAGUUGAGGGUUGAUUCGGUGUGUGAUAUUGAAAAAGCCAUAUCAUAUUAUACACUUUAUUAUAUAUAUCAAGUAGAUUUUUUUCCAUGUAAUGUGACGUCAUACAGAUAAGGGGUUUGAUAAAGCCUUUGCAACAGUGUAUGAUAUCGUUGACGUGACGUCAUACAGAUUAAUGGUGUGAUAAAGAUUUGAUUUGAUUUUUGUGUUUUUAACGCCACUUUUAAGCACCACUUUUGGGCAUUUCGUGGCGGCCAGUUUUUAUUGGUGGUGGAAGCCGAAGUGCCCGGAGAAAACCACAGAUUUUCGAUAGGAAAACUGACAAUCCUAGUCAAUUAAGAUUGGAGUCAAGUGCACCCACAUGAGCGGGGUUCGAACUCACAACCUCAGUGUUGACUGGCUAGUGAUUACAUUAGUAGAACUACUUAGACCACUUGGUGUGAUAAAGCCUUUGAAACUGUGACUGAUAUCGAUAUCAUGUAUUCACUACUAAGUAUAUAAUAAAUUAUUUUAUUGUUA